AAAGUGUAAAUUUAAAAAAAAAUACGAAUCCAUAAGGUUUAAAAGUAACAAAAACACUUUGGUCAUUUGUGUCUCAAAACAUUUUUUCCCUUUAUGAUUGAAUUCCAGAGGAUGACGGAUCGACUUUUAUUUUGAAGGUGUCCCACCAAGUUGUAGCUGAACCGGAUGUUGCUCUUUCAGCGAUAUGCCGUCCAACGUCCGUAGAAACAGUGGAGUCACUUUCUUUGUGUGAGAAAGUUUGUGUUGUGAUCCGUCAGAGCCUCUGUGUGUCCGGAUAAACCUGUCUGAAUGGACUUUGUGCUGUUCACCUUUUCUUUCUGGAUGUUUUACCUCUGACUCAUCUCCCGGUAGACUACAAACACAUUCAAGUUAGCUUAGCAUGCUAGCUAGUUAGCACCACGGCGCUAGUCAGACUGACUGUUUGAUGGAGAGCAAACUGUGUUUCUGACGGAGUUUGUGAGGAGAAAAAGUUGGUGUCACUGUGUGAAAAAUGUCUAAAGUCCAAACGGUGAGAGCGCUGGUGGAGCAGCGACUGACUGCGGCUGCUGAAGAGAUAUUUGGGCUGUUUGAAAGAACGAUAGCAGAGUACGAGGAGCAACUUUGUCGUUCAAAAGAGAAGAACGAGCGACAACAGAAACUACUGGACGCUGUUUUCAACCCUCAGAUUCAGCUACACAGAGCAGACGUUCAACAGCUGUCGGUGAGAGAAGAAGAGUUUCCCUCUGAGCAGCAGGAGAGGAGCUGCAGUCUGGACCAGGACCAGGAGGAGCCAGAGCCCUCACACAUUAAAGAGGAACAGGAGGAACCUCGGACCAGUCAGCAGGGAGAGCAGCUUCAGGGGCUGGAGGAGGCUGAUAUCACUCCUGUCCCUAUGAAGAGUGAAGAAGAUGAAGAGAAACCUCAGUCCUCACAGCUUCAUCAAACACAGACUGAACAGAUGGAAACAGAAGCUGAUGGAGAGGACUGUGGAGGACCAGAACCAGACAGGAACUCUGAUCCAGAUCCACAUUUACAACCUGAUACUGAUGAUGAGUCUGCAGACUCUUCUGAACCUGAGACUGAUGACAGUGCUGAUUGGAAGGAGACCAGAGAACCUCAGUCAGGUUUGAACUGUUUGAAAAAAGAUGGCGGCCCUGUCAGAGAUUCCAGAUUGUUAAAGGCACACAUGAGAAUCCACACAGGAGAGAGACCUUUCAGCUGCUUGGUUUGUAAGAAAACUUUUACAUUGAGUGAGACUUUAAAGGCACACAUGAGAAUCCACACAGGAGAGAGACCUUUCAGCUGCUCAGUUUGUAAGAAAACUUUUACAUUGAGUGGACAUUUAAAUGUACAUAUGAGAGUCCACACAGGAGAGAGACCUUUCAGCUGCUCAGUUUGUAAGAAAACUUUUGCACAGAGUGGAGCUUUAAAGAGACACAUGAGAGUCCACACAGAUGCCCAGCAGCUGUUGGUGGUUAAAGAGGAGUUUCCCUCUGAGCAGCAGGAGAGAAGCUCGACUCUGGACCAGGAGGACCCAGAGCCCCCACACAUUAAGGAGGAACAGGAGGAACCUUGGACCAGUCAGGAGGGAGAGCAGCUUCAGGGGCUGGAGGAGGCUGAUAUCAUCAAGUUCACAUUCACUCCUGUCCCUGUGAAGAGUGAAGAAGAUGAAGAGAAACCUCAGUCCUCACAGCUUCAUCAAACACAAACUGAACAGAUGGAAACAGAAGCUGAUGGAGAGGACUGUGGAGGACCAGAACCAGACAGGAGCUCUGAUCCAGAUCCACAUUUACAACCUGAUACUGGUGACAAGCCUGCAGACUCUUCUGAAGCUGAGACUGAUGACAGUGGUGAUUGGAAGGAGACCAGAGAACCUCAGUCAGGUUUGAACUGCUUGAAAAAAGAUGGUGGUCCUGUCAGAGAUUCCAGAUUUAGUGCUGGUGAGAAACGAUUUAGCUGCUCUGAGUGUGGGAAAAAAUAUGGCUCCAAGUACAAUCUGAAGAGACACAUGAGACUCCACACCGGAGAGAAACCUUUCAGCUGCUCAGUUUGUAAGGAAACUUUUACAUGGAGGGAAACUUUAAAGUUACACAUGAGACUCCACACAGGAGAGAAACCUUUCAGCUGCUCAGUUUGUAAGAAAUAUUUUACAGAGAGUAGACAUUUAAAGUCACACAUGAGACUCCACACAGGAGAGAAACUUUUCAGCUGCUCAGUUUGUAAGAAAUCUUUUACAGAGAGUAGACAUUUAGAGUCACACAUGAGACUACACACAGGAGAGAAACCUUUCAGCUGCUCAGUUUGUAAGAAAACUUUUGCACAGAGUGGAACUUUAAAGAAACACAUGAGACUCCACACAUGAGAGAAACCUUUCAUAAAUGUGCUGGCCGCUCAUCCUAGAAGUUUCAUCAAACUGAGGAGAACAAAGAGGCAGAGCCUCCAGCCAGCAGCCCACAUGAAGAGAUGCAAACCUCUUUUUUCAAUCUUUUUAAAGGACUCGAUAAACUAUUUCAAGUCUUUUUUAAAUGCUUUAAAGCUUUUAGUAACUUUCAUAAAUAUUUAUUCUGUGUAUGAAAUUUACCUACAAUAUAAUUAAACAAUACUUUCUUUUCCACAAUGUGAUAUAUUCAUUUACUUUCUGUUCAUUUUUGUUUUGUUUUACAAAACGAAAAGUUCACAAACUGAUAUUUUAAUUAAAUAUUAGAUUGUAGAAGUGUAACAAUGACAACUUUAUUUUCUAACCGCAAAACAAAAUAAAAACAUUCUUGGAUUACCAAAGUUGCCUGAAA